AUGAUACGGCUAGGGCUUCGAUAGAAUUCAACCCCGAGACUUCUAUCAUCCAAUCCAAACUCUCUUCUACUACUUUAGAGCCAACUCCUUCUCCAGCCGAUCAAAAGGAAGCUAUCUUGGUCCUGUCUCAUGAUCAUGCCCCUAAGAAACACAAAGUGUUAGAGCCUGACACUCUUCUUCCCCCAGAGUCUGUCAUUCCCCUUUUUUGCCCCUAUUUGUGA